AUUGAGCAAUUUUAAUUGGCUGAUAACCAGCAUUUGGUUGGUUAUUGGUGUUGCUUAAUGAUCUCUUUUUAAAGUGGUUUUACAGGAAGUCAAGAACACCUAGCAUUUAUUUAUAGGAACUUUAUUUCAUGGAUACUUCGUUAACAUUGACUAGAAGACGUGUUGUGUUUAGGCAAGGAACGCAGCAAAGUGACGAGAAGAAAGGAGCUCAUACAACAACCAAAGAGACUGACUCUAAACAGAGUUCAAGGGGAAAACGAACUUCAGCAGUGCCCAUAGAGCCUGCAAGAAGUUCGACCAGUAGCGAAAGCUCGUCAUCUAUUUUGACGCCAGAGGCCUUAUACCAAGGGGAGUCUCUCCGUCGCAGUACUUUUGAACAAAGGGAAGAAAGCGGUUUGGAAUUGCUAUCUAAAAACCUAACUUUAGACGAAGAAAAACCUGUAAAAUAUGUGGAGGCCAUAGCAAAAAGUUUUAAACGUCCUCAAGAACCAUUCCAAUGGAAAACUUCAUACAUUUCCAUUCCUAGUAAUGUUAUCUCACCCAAGUCCCUCCUUUCUUUGAGCAAUCAGAAGAGAUCGAGAGAUUCUGAGCUUUCCUUGUCAAAUAAUCUGGCACCUGGAAAAUUUCCAACUCUUAUCAGACGCUUAUGUCAUGAACAUAGCAGGAUAAGAAUGAAGAAGCCAAAGUCUUCAACUUCUGGAGAAUACUUAAGGGAACUCAAAGAAAAUAACUGUGAACGUUGCCAGAUGAUGACUAGUUGGAUGGUCGCUAUCAGACAAGCGGUUGUUGCUGCCUCAACACUUCCCUUUGAUCCACGAUAUCAUUAUGUAUCAUAUAGUGUAGAUAAGCGAGGUAUUAUCUAUUGUAACGAGCCGCUCAUUCGCUUCCUUCCGGUUCGGAACUCUGCCGAAGAAGCUCCCAGGAAACGGGCAAGAACUGAGGUUAGAACACGCAGCUACCGAUAGUGUUACAGUUCUGCAAACUAGACCGAACAAUUCUUGUUGUAUUUUGUGUUGCAUUUGAAAUUUCAGUGAUGUCCAGUUUUCGUUACGGCAAUUCUGAUUAUACGAAUUUUGUAACUUGAAAUGAGUGGAACGUACAAUAUAAACACACUUUUUAAUGAUUUAGGUAUUUCUAUUAA